UUGGAAGAAGAUAAUCGAAACAAUCGAUAGUUUUUUUGGUUCCCAACCACGCGGGCGAUGAAAGAAAAACAUCAAUUUGGGAAAAUUGGGAAGAAAAGUGAGUUUUAGCGGUGAAAAUUGUGUAUCGGGAGAGGAUGGGUAAGACGCGGAAGAACCGGGUGCGGAAUGGGAAGGUGAAUCCCAUUUCUCUGCCUGGUGGCAAUGAUGCAAUUGAGGAGGAUUUGGGGACCAACGCGAAGACUGAGGGUCCUGUUCAGGUGAUUCUGGAACAAUUGCAAUCCCCCAGUGUGGAGGAGAAACUCAGUGGGCUGCAAAUGCUUUCGACAAUCUGUCAGAGUCAGCAGAACCUCAUUGACAUCCUCGAGAGUGAUUUGAUACGCGUGGCAGCACCUCUUCUCGUGGACACAACCUCAUCGGCUCUCCGGCAGGCAGCAGCUGGUUCUUUCCGGAAUUUAUCUGUCUGCGGCGUGGAAAUGUGUGAGGUGCUCGUGGAGCAGGAUGUGCUGACGCCACUGCUGCAGCUCUUCAAAAUCUACGCUGAAAAACUCGACUGGACCCCCACGUUUGAUCCACAGUUCGACAAUCAACUCGACGAGGUCUCCGACACUUUCCUGCAUGCCGUGAAUUUGCUGUGGAACCUCUGUGAGAGCACAUCUGUCGCCGUGGACACAUUCAAUCAGGCCCAGUUGCUGGAGAGCUUCAUGCGCUGCCUGAAUUUUGACGUGUUCGGCAUGGAUAUUGCCAUAGCUGUGUGCCAAUGCUUGCUAAUCAUAUCAGAGGAUAAUCCCAGUUCGUGGGCUGUUUUGAGUGCAUGCGGAAGUGCCUUUGGGAGCCUCCUCACCCUCGAAGGGGGCUUCCCUGAGUGUCUCCUGCGAACUCUUGCCGCAGGAAUUAUGGCAAAUGUGCCAGCUCUGUCUGAACCGUACCUCCAGCAAAUUCUCACAUCUCUCUCAAAGACUCUCGAUGAGAAUCAUCGGGCAGUUUUGGGGGAUUUAACCAGUGACCUACCGCUGUUGCAGAAAGAGGAAGUUCCGGAGUUGGAAGUUGCCGAAGAGAGUCGUCGAAUGGAGUUGGAUGAGACUGAUGAUGCAGCUGCACGACGACGACGUAAAGCUGACCUUCCAACACCGCUUGAGACCAAAGUUAAGCACGUGGGGUGGCUUCUGGAGGCACAACGCGUAGCCGGAGAAACCCUGACAAAUCUCUCCUCAUCCGAUGAUGAUGGCAAUUCCGAUGACUACGUGGAAGAUUCCGAAGAUGAGAGCAUCAAUGAUGGUGAUACGUCGUCUUCGGGGAAUCUCCAGAUGUGCGAUAAGCUCCCCGUGGAGAUUCUAGAGGGUAUAAAGUCUCUCAAUAUUAUCGAGAAGCUCUGGCAGAGAGCUCAACCUGUCCCCGAGAAUGUCUUCCUCAUUCUCAAGGAGUGCGAGAGGAGUCUUGCGAAGAAAUUGAAAACUCUGCGGAUCUCUGCUCUUCUCUGCCUCCAGAAUCUAUGCAAUACAAUGUCUACGGAGGAUUUGGGUGGUGCUGGGGCAAUUUACAGUGUCUGGCUGGAUUUGGGACAACAAGUCUUCCAAGGGGACAACGAUGCACAUCUUCUGGAAGCCUCAACGGCACUCAUGAGGGCAUCAUUGGAGCACCUUCGCAACUGUCCGGAACUCUUUGAGAAAAUGACUGAGAGUGAUUUGCAAUUGAUGCUCAAUGGUGUUGAGAGUUGCUCAGAAGCUGAGAUUCGGGCAAAUUGGCUGAGAAUGCUGGGAAUUCUCGGAUGUUUGCUGCCAGAGAAUCUCGUGAAGAUCAUCAUUACGUUCAUUCUGGAGACUAGCAUCAAAGAGACGGACGCAUGGGCUAUUUCAGAAGCCAUGGACUCACUUAUGGACAUGUUCUCGGACAAUGAUUGGCUCCAAAUUGUUUAUGAAGUCAAUCUUGUGCAGAAAUCUCGUGAACUUGAGAGAUCUCUCAAGGCUAAGCUUCGGCAGCAGAAACGAGAUUUGGGCGAUAGAUACCCAGCUGUAGCCACUGUCCGGACAAACCUGGUGCGAUUCACAAAAUACAUCGAAGCAGGAUUGAAGAAAUACAAGCCACAGACUUCCUGAAAAGCACGCAAAGGUGCAAUUUACUUUAGCAAUUUUUUUUUGUAUAUUAAUUACAACAUUUUAAUUAAUUAAUUAAUGUUUAGAGAUAGAGAAUGUGUGUUGAUUUUUAAAUACUUUAUAAAGAUAUAAUUAUGUAUUUUCUAUAAAGCCCCAGCUCUAUCCCACAACCAGCUCGUGGCUGUGCUGGGAUCCUCGUGAAGCAUGAUCAUGAAUAAAGAAUAAUUAUAAAUAUAUUAAACAA